CAGAGCCUGCCCAUAAGCAUGGCGGCGCCCUGUUUGGCUUCUCCCCGCAGGGCCGCGCGGGCCAGACUGGCCUUGCCAGUACUCGGAGACUUCCUACGCCCGCGGGCUUCCUGCACCGCUGGCAUUUAAACCCGUGCCUGGGGCUGCGGAUGCUGAGCGCCAGGCAGCGCAACGACCUUCCCAGAUUCUCCAGGCAGCCGGAGCAUCCCUGCAGGGCACGCCGGGCCGGGCCGAGCCGAAAAGGACUGGAGACUGAGAGAUCGGGGGUGCCCCGGUCUUUAGAGGUGCCACUGGAGGUCUGAUCGGUUAUUUGCAAGCCCUCAACCCUCCUGCUCCGCGCUCAGGGCAAGUCCAGCCGCCAGCCCAGGAGGUCGCAUGUGGCCGGCUCCCUCUGACCCUGAGCCGCGCGCCCCCGCCAUGGUGAGGCAGCGGCGCACCUGAGCCCGGAGCCCCCGCCCCCGCCCGGAGCCCGGCAGCACGGGACUAGAACCCACACCCUCCCAGCCGCCGCGAUGUUUAGCUGGCUGAGCUCGGACGACCGGCGCAAGAAGGACCCCGAGGUCUUCCAGACGGUGAGCGAAGGGCUCAAGAAACUCUACAAGACCAAGCUGCUGCCGCUGGAGGAACACUACCGCUUCCACGAGUUCCACUCGCCUGCUCUGGAGGAUGCCGACUUCGACAACAAGCCCAUGGUGCUCCUGGUGGGCCAGUACAGCACGGGCAAGACCACCUUCAUCAGAUAUCUGCUGGAGCAAGAUUUCCCAGGCAUGAGGAUCGGACCUGAGCCCACCACUGACUCCUUCAUCGCUGUGAUGCAGGGGGAAGUGGAGGGGAUCGUGCCUGGGAAUGCCCUGGUGGUGGAUCCCAAGAAACCCUUCCGGAAGCUCAACGCCUUUGGCAAUGCCUUCCUGAACAGGUUUGUGUGCGCCCAGCUGCCCAAUCCCGUGCUGGAGAGUAUCAGCGUCAUCGACACACCCGGCAUCCUAUCUGGGGAGAAGCAGAGGAUCAGCCGAGGCUAUGACUUCGCAGCAGUGCUGGAGUGGUUCGCCGAGCGUGUGGACCGCAUCAUCCUGCUGUUCGACGCGCACAAGCUGGACAUCUCGGACGAGUUCUCAGAGGUGAUCAAAGCCCUGAAGAACCACGAGGACAAGAUGCGCGUGGUGCUCAACAAGGCGGACCAGAUCGAGACGCAGCAGCUGAUGCGCGUGUACGGCGCCCUCAUGUGGUCGCUGGGCAAGAUCGUGAACACGCCGGAGGUGGUGCGCGUCUACAUUGGCUCCUUCUGGUCACACCCGCUGCUCAUCCCCGACAACCGCAAGCUCUUCGAGGCAGAGGAGCAGGACCUGUUCCGUGACAUCCAGAGCCUGCCCCGCAAUGCCGCGCUGCGCAAGCUCAACGACCUCAUCAAGCGGGCGCGCCUGGCCAAGGUGCAUGCCUACAUCAUCAGCUCCCUGAAGAAGGAGAUGCCCUCGGUGUUCGGGAAGGACAACAAGAAGAAGGAGCUGGUGAGCAACCUAGCGGAGAUCUAUGGGCGCAUCGAGCGAGAGCACCAGAUCUCGCCUGGGGACUUCCCCAACCUGAAGCGAAUGCAGGACCAGCUGCAGGCCCAGGACUUCAGCAAGUUCCAGCCGCUCAAGAGCCGGCUGCUGGAGGUGGUGGACGACAUGCUGGCGACCGACAUCGCGCAGCUCAUGGUGCUGGUGCGGCAGGAGGAGGUGCGGCGGCCGGCGCAGAUGGUCAAGGGCGGCGCCUUCGAGGGCAGCCUGCACGGCCCCUUCGGCCACGGCUAUGGCGAGGGCGCGGGCGAGGGCAUCGACGAGGCUGAGUGGGUGGUGGCCCGGGACAAACCCAUGUAUGAUGAGAUCUUCUACACUCUGUCACCCGUGGAUGGCAAGGUGACAGGCGCCAACGCCAAGCGGGAGAUGGUGCGCUCUAAGCUGCCAAACAGCGUGCUGGGCAAGAUCUGGAAGCUGGCCGACGUGGACAAGGAUGGCAUGCUGGACGACGAGGAGUUCGCGCUGGCCAACCACCUCAUCAGGGUCAAGCUGGAGGGCCAUGAGCUGCCGGCCGAGCUGCCCCCGCACCUGGUGCCCCCCUCCAAGCGGAAAGCGGCUGAGUGAGGGGGGAGAGGCAUGGGGGAGGACAGGAGGAGGAGUCAGGAAGGCGCGUGUGCACACACACACACACACACACACAUGCACACAUGCAUGUGUACACGCAUGCACACACGUGCACACACAUGUACACAUGCAAAUCAGCGCUUCACCCCUGCACACAAGGCCUCAGUGGUCCUGGGAGUCUAGGUUGCACCCCCAGCCACCGUGGAAGCCCGGGGACAGGGACCCAGGUCUUAACCCUUUCCCUCCACACCCCCCUGGUGACACAGAGUCCUCCCUCCCCCAGGCUUUCCUUCACUCCUCCUCUUCCCUUGCCCCUGCUCCUGGGCUGAGCAGAGCCACAGAUGGAGAGGCUCCACCCCUAACAGGCAGUUGACCCUGUUUCUGUUUUCUGUGCUUCUCUUCCAGGUAUGAAACCGCCUCCUGGGCAAGGUGGUGGGUGGGAUCUGGGAUCGGGGAGGGCUGUGGGGAGAGAGAGAAACCUCUUCUUGGGGGGGGGGGGUGCCAGGGUCCCCAGUCUGGAGGAUGCCCAGGCGAUGAUCUCUGCUGUCGGUGGAGGCUGUCUUCCCUGGAGCACAUCUGGCUUGGAAGUACUUCACUUCACAGCCAUCCCCAAACCGGAGACACUGAGAGAUUCCUUGGGGGAGAGCCAGCAAAGGACCCCCCACACCAAGCCACAGGGCCUGUGAGACUCGGAGUUUCUCCAGUUGUGCCCCCUUCAGGUGCUGGUGCUUGGUUCACCAGUCCCCAAGGGUAUCAGCACACCUCUUUGGGCCCCUAGUCCCCUCCCCUCAGCACAUAGGCACUGUCACCUCCCUCGUUUUUGCAAAUGCACAGGAGACUAGACUGCCCUAGGAUGGGGGUGGGGAGCUCAGACCUUGCCCAACUGUGCUGGUGUGCAGGACCCCAGUCAGCAUCUCUCCUUGAAAGGCAGCCUGGCAGGGGUGGGGUGGGCAGCGUUUGGUGGGCAGCAGCUGAGCCAUCUGUCUCAGCAGAAGCACAGUGCCUUCUGGCUCUACACCUCAUGUUCCCGAGUCACAGAACCCCACACAGCAGUGACGUGAGGGAAGGGCCUGCCCCACAACCUCAGCCUGACUCACGCUGCUGUGCCAUUGCCGUCAGCAGCCCCCACUGGAGUGGGGACCCUGCUCGUCCCCAGAAGGUCCCUACAGAAAUCUCUGCUGCAUCCUUCACAAUGCCCAUAUGUACCCCUUGCUGUCACCCCCUGGCUUGCUGGGAGGCCACCUGAAUGAAGGUCACAUUGUCACCUGUCUGGCUCCUGCUGUGAGGGAUAGUGGAGGCACUUGUGGCUGACUUGCUGAACACAACCAGGCUGAGAGAACUCUCCUGUGCUCUGUCCUUUUGUCCCAGAAUAUAGCUUCCAGCAUCACUUGU